AUGCCAAAGGGGGAUAACACCAAUGGGAAUAACGCUAAGGAGGAGGAACGCCAAGAGGGGGGACGCCAAGGUAACACCAAGGGGGAGGCCGUGGCAGUGCACUGCUUGCUGGGGAACGGCCGCACGGGCACCAUGCUGGCCUGCUACCUCGUGAAGACCCAGAGGAUGAGCGGGAUCGACGCCAUCCAAGAGAUCCGCAGGCUGCGGCCGGGCGCCAUCGAGACGCAUGAGCAGGAGAAAGCCGUGGUGCAGUUCUACCAGCGCACUAAGUAGGGGCAGCCCUGUCUCCGCGUCUCCCACCGC